AAAUGUAUGUUGAGAGUCAAACAUCAACCAGGCAUGAGUCUUGAACCUCUUCCUUCUAAAUCAACCGACUCCAGAAAUUAACCUCAAAAUCAAACUAAAUAUUUAUAUCAAUAUAAUGUUUUAAUUGUGAUCAUUUUUUCCCAAUCAUCUACUCAACUUUAUCUUUAACCAUGGAGAUCGGCUUUGGAAAAAGUUUUUCCUUAAAACGAGAGAUAUCAAGUGGAUGUAGAUCUUCAAUUCUUACUGAUAAUAUUGAAUUUCGAAGCUACAAUGCGGAUGAGUCUCUCGAAAAAAGGCUUGAUAACUAUGGAAAGUAUACUGUGUUAACACCUGAUCAACAAACCAAAUGGAUUGUUACAAAAAAAGUAGAAGCCGAAAAAAUUGUUGAAUUAAACAAAUCAAUUAAACUGCAAGCUGCCACCAACGGCUUUGUUACUCCAUCAUAUGACGCUAUUGGGCCUCGUAAAGUCAUUGUUUACAAUAAAAAAGUCCAUCUAGAAUGGAAACAGGUCAAUAAAGUUGGAGCUGGCCUUGUUAAUCUAGGAAAUACGUGUUACAUGAACUCCGUUUUACAGUGUUUAACUUAUUGUCCACCUUUAAUAAACUAUCUCUUGUAUUGUGGGGAUGAUCAUCAUUCACAAUGUAAAAUAUCUUCUUUUUGUAUGAUUUGCGAGUUCCAACAACAUGUACUACGUUCCUACAACAGUCCAAACGGAGCUAUAAAACCAUCGAAUAUACACAUGAGGCUGAAGUCUAUAGCUCGACACUUCCAUCCUAAUCGACAAGAAGAUGCGCAUGAAUUCUUGCGUUAUGUUUUAGAUCAUAUGUGGAAAAGUUGUACCACGAAUUUUGAAUUAACACAUAACUCUGUCAAACUAGAUCCUAGGAGUAAAGAAACAACUGUGAUUAAUGAAAUUUUUGGUGGUUAUCACCGUAGCCAAGUAACUUGCUCUGUAUGUAAAGCAAAAAGUGACACUCAUGACUAUUUCAUGGACUUUAUUUUGGACAUUAAGGAAAUAAACAAUUUAGAAGAUGCGUUCCGUAAAUUUACGCAGCCAGAAAUCCUUUCGAAUGAUAACGCUUAUAAGUGCCCGAAUUGUAAGAAGAAAGUUAUGGCAACCAAACGUUUCACUGUGUACAAGCCUCCUAAUGUGGCGACCAUUCAAUUCAAGAGGUUUGAUUACAAUCGUAUUUAUGGAGGCAAGAUCACGAAAAAAAUCGCCUACCCCGAAACAUUCAAUAUAAGACCGUUUAUGUCUGACUCCAAGGGUUCUCCUAUUUUGUAUAAACUGAAUGCUGUUCUAGUGCAUUUAGGGUCUACGUCUAACUCUGGACAUUAUUAUUGUUACAUUAAAAGUUCGAACGGUUUAUGGUAUCUUAUGGAUGAUGAUAGGGUUAUUAAAGUAAAUAUUAAUCAAGUUCUUGACCAGCAAGCAUAUAUAUUAUUUUAUGUCCGUUGGCUGGGUCUCAACAACUGUUCUGCUGAUUUUAAAAAGAUGGGUCUAAACAAUAAUAACAAUAAUAAUCAACAAAAAAGUAAUGGGAUUAUGGAUAAUAUCCGCUCUAUUACUGUUCAUCCAAACGGUAAUGGUAAUGCUAAGUUCACUAAUGGAGGCUCACCUCAAUUCAACUCCAUUAACAAAUUAAAUAACUCAAAUGGAAAUCGAUUGUCAGUUUCUGGAGACAAGCCGUCAUCAACAGGCAGCUCUGAAAGUGAUACCUUGCCCGGACAAACUAGAAUGAUGAAAAUAUCAUCUAACUCUCUUGUAGAUUAUGACGAUGACUCCUCGGACGAUGACUCUGAUUGUUCUAACCCUGUUCAAAAUGGUUUCGCCAAGAUAAUGAAUCCUAACCAAUUUAACGGAGCGAUCUCCAAGAAAGCUGAGAAACGCCUAAGGAAAUUAAAGAAGAAAAACAAGAAGAAGCGUAAACGGAAAAAGUAUUCAGAAGAAUUAGAAUGGAUAGAAAGGACUAAGGAGACUGUAGAAAAAGAGCGAAGAAUAAAGAAUCAGAUAUAAGUUAAUUUAAUUUCUCUGCAUUUGGUUUUCAUUUCCAUCCCUGGUAACGUUUAUUAACUGUUGAACCUGAUAACAGUUGAAAGCAAAAUGAUAUUUGCUACUUUCGCUAAAUAAGAGAUUCGUUCUCUAUCGAAUGACCAUCAAAAUGAAACCGUGAAAAUCAUUUCUUUAACCAUCACGUAAAUCACUAAAGCCUGGCAUACAAAGAGACUAAUCUUUUUUUUGAAAUGUUGAUUAACACUUCGAUCAAAAAACAACCUCGGAUAUUUCUCAUCUUUCAACUCGAAUCGGUGAGAAUUGACCAUCUAAUUAAAAAACGAUGGUUUCAGAUUUUGGGCUCUCAUUUGAAGUUAUUUGUUCAUUUUUAUACAGGAUUUAUUGCGGAUAGUGUGCAACAGGAUUGUUUAGCAUGAUGUCUCUUCGUUACUUUUCAUAGUGAUUAAAUGCUGAUGGGAGAAGAAAAUGAUGACUCGAAUUUCAAAGAACUUAUUCUUCUAAGUUUAUCGAUUAACUAAAUUUAAAUUGACAACAUUGACUGCAGCUAACAUGCCAAAUUGUUUUUUACUAAUUUCUAAUGAAGGAUUAAAAAUGUUCAUCACAAUCA